AUGGCCUUCACUAUUACAUCCUACUUGUUGCGAGCGAGGCAGGGCUGGGGCCCUGCGUCUGAGUCGUCGACGGACUCCUGGGCUCUCCCCGGAGGCUUCGUGGACGAGGGUGAGGGUCUGGACGCAGCCGCCGGCCGUGAGCUGCAGGAGGAAACCUCCGUGGACCCUGCCACGGUGACACUCACACAGGUUGGCGCCUUCGCUGACCCCGGUCGCGACCCGCGGGGUUGGACCGUCACGGUGGCGUACGCGGCACUGGUGCCUACCACCAACCUGGGGGUCAAGGCGGCGGACGACGCCAAGGACGCCCGCUGGUUCGACGUGACCAUGUUGCCGCUGCUGGCCUUUGAUCACAAGCUCGUCGUGCGAACCGCUCUGCGGCACCUGGCCAAGCAGCCGGCCGCGGGGGCAGUGGCCGGACUAUCUGCCACCCUGGAGGCGGCGGCGGACAAACUGGACGGACCUUGGAAAACUGAAGCCUGA